GUCCAAGAGGCAAUCUGGGACGCGCACGAUGCUGCCAGACUGGAUGAAGAUGGAGAUCACGAGCAUAUCGAAUACGAAGAGUUUUCUAAAUUCAUGAGAACAUUCUAUGAAAAAAGGACGAAUCCGCAGCAAGAAGAUAAGGUGCACCUCUCAGAUUCUCAUAUACGCGCUCUCUUCCGAAUCUAUGACAAGGACCACAACAACAAAUUGAGCAAGAAAGAGGCACUUGUCGGACUUCUUCAGCACCAGGAAUUCUUUUUCUUUGACAUCGACUUCAAUGGAAUUCUGAGUAAGCCCGAGCUGCUGAAUAUGCAUGACUCACCUCAUAAGGCAGGUGAAAAAUACGCUCUCUCUCAGAACAUUGACUUCCUUGAGCUGUUCCAGCGCAUGCUUUCCCACAACAGACUGAAAUUGGGUUGGGAGAACACCAUGGGAGUUGUACCAGCAGGCAGCAACUAAUGAUAACAACACAAAAGGAUUUUAUCGGAAAUUGUCAAACAAUAACAUGAAUGUAUAUCUCCUUCCUAUUAUCAUUAUUUUUAUCACAUUGAAUUCUCUUAUCAUUUUAUUAUAUUAUUGUAUGUAAUUAUUAUAAUUACUGUUGUUAUUUCAUUUAUUAUCUACAGGGUUUUUGGGUUAAUAAAGUGUGAGUGUGUUCAAGCAUUGAA